AUGAUAACUGGCCAACUCAUUGGGAAAACUAUAUGGGUUGAUCGAGCAACAAAAUGGGGAGCCCACGGGAAUUUUGCACAUGUGUGUGUGGAAGUCGAUCUUACCCAACCAUUUUUGUCUCAGUACCAAGUGGAAGGAAUUACAUAUCCUAUUCAAUAUGAAGGGUUGAAAGACGUUUUUGAAGACUGUGGCAAGUAUGGGAAACCUAUCCAUCGAUGUAAUUGCACUGUAAUGGGAGAGGAAAACAAAAGCGCUACGGUGGAGUGUGUCCAAGAGACCCAAAUUGACGAUCCAAUGGAGGGCCGUGUGUAUGGAGAUUGUAUGACGGUUAAGAAGAAAACUUGA